CUGACUUACUUAGAUCCCAGUUGCCCUGACUCGGGGAUCGGUUAGAAUUACAAUUUAAAGAAGACAGCACCAACAAACAUGCGGGUGUGUUUGGUGUGGGUGGCCUCGCUGGCUAUCAUCCAUACAACCCUGGCUCAAGAAGGAUAUGAUUAUCCACGACCUAGUAAUCCAUUAAUACCUGGAGUACCUAGUGGAUCUCCAGGAUCGACAACAGGAAGACCUGGAGCAGGUGCACCCCAAGGGCCAAGUGGAGGAUAUCCUGCAGGUGGUCCCGGACCAAGUGGUGGAUAUCCAUCAGGUGGAUCAUCGCCGAGUGGCGGAUAUCCAUCUGGUGGAUCAUCACCGAGUGGUGGAUAUCCAUCUGGUGGAUCAUCUCCGAGUGGUGGAUAUCCAUCUGGUGGGACUGGUCCAAGUGGUGGAUAUCCAUCUGGUGGAUCAUCACCGACUGGCGGAUAUCCAUCUGGUGGGACUGGUCCAAGUGGUGGAUAUCCUUCUGAAGGCCAAAGACCUACUGGAUUUCCGCCUGGAGGACAAGGGCCGUCUAGUGGGUAUCCAUCUGGAGGACAAGGACCGAGUGGUGGAUAUCCUUCUGGACCAAGUGGCGGAACUGGACCAAGCGGACCAUCUACUGGACAAAGACCAGGAGGUGGUUAUCCUUCCGGUGGAGAACGACCAAGUGGUGGAUAUCCUUCAGGUGGACAACGACCAUCUGGUGGUCAACGACCAUCACAACCGGGUACUGGUGGGCAAGGUCCAUCCGAAGGUUAUCCUAAAGAGCGUCCCAAAAUUCCAUUCCCAAGUGGUGAAUCCAGUGGUGCAGGUGGAUACCCGUCUACUCCCGGAUCAAGUGGAUUCCCAGGAAGACCCAGUCAGCCAACUGGCCGGCCUGGUCAGCCGGGUCGACCUGGACAGCCUGGCCAACCAGGUCAACCCGGAGGAUAUCCACAUGGCGGAACUGGAGCGCAACCUCAAGGUCCCGGAUAUCCUAGUGGAAGACCUUCGACUCCAAGCGGCGGACCUGCUCCAGGUUCCGGUGGCGGAUAUCCAUCAGGAGGACCAGGUGGAUUCCCAACUCCAGUAGGUGGAGCUUCUGGCAGACCUAGUGGACAACCGAGUGGACAAUUUCCUUCAGGUGGACAGGGACCAAGUACUGGAUUCCCAACAACUUCAGGAAGACCUAGCCAGCCAGGACAACUCGGCCGACCAAAUGAUCAAUAUCCAGGAUCACAACCCGGUAGUUACCCAAGCGGCGGUACUGCUCCAGGCUCUGGUGGCGGAUAUCCAUCAGGAGGCCCUGGCGUAUUCCCAACUCCAGGCGGCGGAGCUUCUGGCAGGCCUAGCGGACAACCUAGUGGAUUGUAUCCACCAGCAGGACAGGGCCCAAAUACUGGAUUUCCACCAACUUCGGGAAGGCCAGACCAACCUGGUCGACCAAAUAAUCAGUAUCCAGGAGCACAACCAGGUGGAUACCCAAGUGUUGGCCCUGGCGGAUUUCCAUCAACUCCGGGUGGUAGACCCUCAGGACAACCUAGUGAACAAUAUCCAUCAGGAGGACAAGGACCAAGUACUGGAUAUCCAUCAACUCCAGGUAGACCAGGUCAACCUGGUCAACCUGGUGGCUACCCUAGUGGUGGACCUGGCGGAUUCCCAACAACUCCCGGUGGUGGAACUUCAGGACAGCCUGGCGGGCAAUAUCCAUCAGCAGGACAGGGACCCAGCACAGGAGGUUAUCCAUCUGGAGGUGCACCAGGGAGACCUGGCCAACCCGGUCAAGCACCUAGCCCUGGUGGAUUCCCUGGAUCUGGAGGACCUGUUAGUCAGUCUGGUGGUCAGUAUCCAUCAGGAGGGCCAGGUGGAGAUUUCCCUGGUGGAUCUGUAGGCGGUCAAGGGGACGAUGCACAGGUAGACGAAGGAGAUUAUUCUGCAAUUCCUGGAGAACCUGAUCGGGAUUACCCAAUCUAUGCUGAUGUACCGCAAACGAGCUUCACCUGCGACUCACAACAAUUGCCAGGUUACUAUGCCGAUGUAGAAGCUCGAUGCCAAGUCUUCCAUGUUUGCCACAACAAUCAAACAUUCGACUUCCUUUGUCCAAAUGGAACCAUCUUCCAUCAAGAAUAUUUCGUAUGUGUAUGGUGGAACCAGUUCGAUUGCAGCUUGGCACCUGGACUUUAUUCUUUGAAUGAAAAUCUAUAUGACUAUACGAUAAUGGGCAGUCCGGGACCCCAAGGGCCACAGGGACCAAGCUUCCCAGGCGCAGCGCCCCAGGGACCCAGUGGACCCAGCUUUCCAGGACAAGGACCUCAAGGACCUACUGGACCAAGCUACCCAGGACAAGUUCCUCAGGUACCUCAAGGGCCUAGUGGACCGAGCUACCCAGGACAAGGUCCUCAAGGGCCACAAGGGCCUAGGCAACCAAGUUAUCCAGGUCAAAGUCCUCAAGGACCUCAAGAACCAAGUGCACCAAGCUUCCCAGGCCAAGGACCGCAGGGACCAAGUAGACCAGGAUACCCCAGUCCAGGAAGACCAAGUGGUCCUAGUUUCCCAGGGCAAGGAGCCCAGGGACCAAGUAGACCAAGCUAUCCAGGACAAGGCCCUCAAGGUCCACAAGGACCAAAUGAACCAGGAUACCCAGCUCCAGGAAGACCAAGUGGACCUAGCUUCCCAGGACAAGGUCCUCAAGGACCAAGCGGACCAAGUGAACCCAGUUACCCUGGUCCAGGAAGACCAAGUGGGCCUAGUUUUCCAGGACAAGGACCUCAAGGACCUAGCGGACCAAGUUACCCAGGACAAGGACCAAGUACUCCAAGCUUUCCAGGCCAAAGACCUCAAGCCCCAAGUGUACCAGGUUUCCCAGGUCAAGCACCCCAGGGACCUCAACGCCCAGGAGGGCCUGCUUAUCUUGCUCCUCUUCCAGGUGGACCAGGAUCUAAUGGAAAAUCACCCCAAGAACCAGGGGGCUAUCCAGGUCAAAGACCGCAGGGACCAAGUAGUCCGGGUCAACGACCUCAAGGACCCAGGCCCGGAGGCUCCCCAUCAGAUACUCCUUUUCCACCUCAGGGACCUGCAAAACCUGAUCGUGAAUACUUGCCACCACUCGCUGGUUGAUUCUUGGACUUCUAAAAAGAAAAGUAAAAUGAAGCACAACUGGAUGUCAUCUAUACUCAAUAAUUUCAUUUUUUAUGGCGGAAUCUAUCUCGUGAUAUUUUUACCUAUCGCUGAUAGUCUGCU